CAAUAUGCGUUACUUACAAGACUGGAGGUGGAUAGAUAGGGUUCGAACGUUUUUAGUUGUUUGGUUUCCUUUGCAACGUUACAAAGUGCACUGUUUAUUGUUAUUAUUGGCGUACAUCUUGGGAAAGUCACAGUUUCCUGUUAUAUAUAUUGUUUUAUUAGCAUACGCUGUUUAUUUAUUUGAUAGAGAGAGACAAGUCCGUCGUGAGUUACGUGACCGAAUAGAGUUGUCUAGAAGGGAAUCUGUUGCUCAAGAAGACACUUGUACAGAACUACCGUCUACUACGGAACAUCAGUGGGUACCAGGAGUGAACAUAUGGAGAGAAGAAUCCUGUGAAUGGUUCAACGUUCUGGUUAAAAAGUUAUGGGUCACUGAAAAUGUAGGCUUGAGUAGAUGGUUGAGAGAAAGAAUUGCCAGUCGACUCAACCUAACACGCCCAAAAUUUGUAGAAGUGUUUCAAAUACCUGAACUCAAGUUGGGAACAAAGGCACCUGAAUGUUCUCGUGUAAGAGUGAACCGAAUCAAGUCCUCUUAUGAAAUGCAGUUAGAAUUCGACUUGCAUUAUACAGGAACAGCAUUUGUUAUUCUUGUCAUCAAUUUUAGUCGUCAAAUAUUUGGAGUUCAAAUCCCUAUUUUGCUUUCUGAUUUUGCAUUUGCUGCAAAAGCUUUGGUACAUGUACAAUUGGUUGAUAGAGCUCCUUAUUUUAGUGUCGUACAUUUUUCAUUUAUAAGGAAGCCUUGGAUUGACUUGAAGUUGGUUCCACUCAAGACACUUGAUAUGAUGGAUAUUCCUGUUUUAUCGGAUUGGAUUCGAAGACAUUUAACUGAUACCAUUCAAGAUUGGGCAGUAUAUCCACGAAAAGUAUCCUUUCCUAUUGAAUCUUGGUAUCAAGCUAGUCAACAGGGAAAGGAUCUAAAGGAUGUGAUGGUUGGCAUGGUUAGAGUCAAAAUUAAGGAAGCAAGAGAUUUACAUCCACCGGUAUUUGGAGGAACAGUCAAUGCAUUCGUUGUACUUUAUUUGGGUACACAAAAGAAAAGGACUAGAGUCGUUCAUGGAAGUCUUCAUCCUGUAUGGUCUCAGUCAUUUGAAUUCUUUGUACAAGAUCCAUUGGUUCAGAAUGUUUUUAUUUAUGUAUUAAAUGCUCCAACAGGAAAAGGAGAAAAGGAAGACUUGUUGGGUUUAUUGGAAUUGCCUUUGAAAGGUUUGGUUGGUGGAGAAACUAUUUCGAACUGGUAUUCUUUAGAUGAUGCCGCUAGUGGUUCGUUAUUUAUCGAAGCCUUUUAUAUUCCUUUUGAUGGUGGAAAAGAUAAAUCUUACAACUGGAGAGGAGCUUGGAAAGGACAGAAAAGCCCAAUGGAAAGCAGAAAUCAACCUCCUCUACAACAAAGUUCUUCGAAUGUGACUGCAUUUCAGUUUGAACACGAUUAUUACUCACAAAGUGGAGAAACACAACGAACCAAUCCUUGGGUUGCCGGGUGGCUUAAUGGAACUAUUCCAGCCAAUCCAGGAUUUGCAUCUCCUUCCCAUUCACCACCCGUAAAGAAAAGUCGCAGUCUCUUUGAACUUGGCUCUUUAGAAGCGAAGAAGACCAACGAUUCCUCAUCUGUUGUUACAUCUGAAAGUAAGGUGUCAGUCAAUUCUUUGCUGGAUAAAGUCUCCGAUAAGAAAAAUGAGUCUUCAAUGACUAUUGGUUUUCAAACAACGAAAAGAAAACUGAAUGAAAUAGCACUUGCCGCGUUGGCGUCGUUAAGAACGGCUUCGAAUAAGGCCCCAUUCGAAGAAUCUUCACCAGGAACAAGCAGCCAAAGAAUAACCAAUAGUUGUGAAACUUCCAUUUUUGAUCCUCUUAGAAUGCAUUUCAGUUCUUCUGAAUAUAGAGAGGAGGAAGACAAACAACAUCCUAUGAGAAAGUCAAUGAAUGCUCCACUUUUGUACGAUCAUGACCAACAUCUAAGUCUCGUUGCAAGUAACUUUGGCGGUGUUUUGCAAGUAACCAUUAUUCGAGGUUUUGGACUAUCUUUUGGAAACAAGUCUCGUUCUUCUUCUUGUCAUCUACUUGGUUUUCCAAUGAUAUUAUUGCAACUAGAAGACCAAAUAUUCGAAACAGCUCCUUUCCAAGGAGAAGAUCGUGAGAAUCCCUAUUGGAAUGAAACCUUUGAGCUCUAUUGCGUUAACAUUCUAAGGCAAGAAUUGACUAUACAUCUAGUCUCUGUGAAUAGUCUUUCCCAACACGAACCAAUUGGCAAAGUUACCUUUCCCUUGGCUAACUGCAUGGAUACGCCUGUUCUACAAGGAUUUCAAUAGUUUUUACUGCGUCAUCACAAACAGUUGAAUAAAUGUUUUUGUUAUUUU